AUGCCGUCUGACCAAGCUCUUCCAAUCCCGCAAGCCACACUUCACAUCUAUCCAAGUGACCGACGUGUCAACGUGACAGACAAACUCGGAUUACUCGAUUACUUAUCCGAAGUUUACGGCGAAAUCUUCCAAUUCCACCAAUUAGGUCACAAGAUUAUCGUUUGUUCGUCCUACCGUAUGAUAGAUGAGCUUUGUGAUCCAGCCCGCUUCGAUAACACAUCCAGUGGAGCGCUUGAGCAAGCAAGAGUAUUGACCAGAGACGUACUAUUCACUGCCAAUCCAGAUGACAAGGCCUGGGAGGCUGCGUAUCGCAUAUUGAUACCCUUCAUUGGCCCAACCGGUUUUCAAAAGAUAUUUGGCAGCAUAUUGCGGUUCGGAAGACUGACGCCCGUCCAGUGGGCUUACUCAAGGCCAUCCAUGGAGAUAGUGUGCGCGGAUGAGGUUACGAGACUCAUCGAUCAUGAAGUCGCUGUCAAGCACAGAUCGAAAUGGUUCCUUGCCCCCAGAUUUUUCAGCGACAUGACCAGAGUGCAGGAGUUGUGUGAUGAUGCUAUUGAAGCUCGCAUUGCAAAUCCACAACCAGAUACUCACGACCUCCUCAAUUUCAUGUUGAGCAGAGUCGAUCCGAGAGCCAAAAUGAAGGUGAUGCAAGAGUCCGUUCGCAGCAACAUGAUCAUGUUUUUGGUUUCUGGGCAUGAGGCAACCAACAACAUCCUGAGUCUCUUGUUCUACUACCUACUAAGAAGCCCCGAGAAAUUCUCUAGGGCUCAAAAUGAAGUUGAUAUGCUGUUGGGCACUGACCCUCUCAUCCCAGAGCAUCUUUCUCAAUUAGCUUACGUGAGAUCUUCCGUAUAUGAGGCGUUCCGAUUCCUGGGCCCAGUCAAGACAGUAGUCAAGCAUGCUCUCAAACCGACAAAGCUUGCUGGGCGAUACUUCAUUGAGUCAGAUUCAAACAUCCUGCUGAAUGUUCACGGGCUGCACCAGGAUCCUGAGGUCUGGGGCAAAGAUGCCAAUGUCUUUAGACCAGAUCGCUUCCUCGAUGGAUCUUGCGACAGUCUGCCUAGAAAUGCCUGGAUGCCAUUCGGAGAGGGGCCAAGAGCGCACAUCAUCCAGCAAUUUGCCGAGCAAGAGUUGGUCGUAAUGGUUUCGUUAAUGCUUCGGAACUUCCAAUUUGAAUUGGAAGGCUCAGCCAACACCAGCAUCACACCUGGAGCAAAUCCGAAUACUUUCAGACUCAAAUUGUUCAGAAGAUCGGGACAAUCCAUGCCGAUUUCCGCUGGUUUAUGUAAAGACUACGUCAAUCACGCGUGGUCAGAAUUUUGGAAAUGGAGCAUCGUUCCAAGUACAAUUGUUGAUGCAUUGCGUCACUCUGUUAUCGAUGCGCCUCAACCUGCGCCUCGAUUCAGCGAUUCCGCCGUUGUUUAUGGCAUCGUCAAGGCGAAUAGAAGUCUCGGCAAUCCGAAAGCGGGAAUCUUGAGGAAGCACAUCGAGAUAAAGCUUCCAUUCGGUUCAUCCUACCACACGGGGGAUUAUAUGAUGGUGUUGCGUGUCAACAGUCGGAUGAAGAUUCGACGCGUUCUGAAACGGUUCAGCUUAUCCCCCGACGAUGUUGUUUCAACUGCAAGCAUUCCGAAGGCUUUCUUCUUAAAUAGUGGCUCCAUUUCUGUACUGGAUCUUCUGACGACACACAUGGAUUUGCACACACUUAUCUCACAGGAGCACAUUGUGACUUUAAUCAACGCGACACCAGUGAGAUCACGCAACAAUUUAGCGAAAUUGCUAGCGGAUGAUGCUGAUGAAAGAUAUGUUCUGUCAAGGUGCCCCAGCAUUCUAGAUGUACUCGAGGACCACCCUGAGUGUAGACUCUCAUUCGCGGACUACGUUGGCAUGAUUGAGCCAAUAAAAGCCCAGCGGUACAACAUCUCGUCAGCACCUGUUGCCAACAUCAAGAUCACACCCACUGCUCACGGUACGGCUCCGCAGCUGAAGGUAUCCCUGACAUACGAUGCCCACUCUGAGCAAGUCUGGUCGAAGACUGAUAGUCUCUUCUUCGAUGCGACAUCGACAUAUUUAGCUCGUUUGGAGGCUGGAGAUCGGGUGCGGUUCUUCAUUCGCAGCGUCGAUACAGCAUUCCAAAUGCCAAUUGAUCCUACGACGCCCGUCAUCAUGGUCUGUGCCGACAUUGGUUUCGCGCCAAUGCGCGGAUUCAUCCAAGAGCGCGCAACUAUUCGCAAAGUACUCAAGGUCACACUCGGUCCUGUGAUUUUGUACUUUGGUUGCCAACAUUAUCAAGAAGAUUAUAUAUAUGAAGAUGAGCUCACAAAUUGGGAAAACGAUGGCGUGGUGAGCGUGCGACCGUGCUUCUCGAGGGUCGGGCCUAAGGGCUGUCACAAGUAUGUACCAGAACGUAUGUGGGCUGAGCGAGAGGAAUUAGCACAUCUGUUCAAUGCACAGGGUGUGAGAAUACUAAUGUGUGGGGAUGCAAGUAAGCUUACCAAGAGCGCGGCAAAUAUGUGCAAGAAGAUUUGGCUCAGUAGUCAUAAACAGAAGACCGAGCGAGAUUCGCAGAUGUGGCUUCGAAGAGUUGAAGCAGAGCAACGAGAAAAUUGUGCAUUGUGA